AUGUCAACAGGACGCUCAAACGCCGUGGACGCUCUUCCGCGCGCCUCAUUCCUCACAUACUUCCGUACUUCAAGCCAACCAGAGCGACGCACAAGCGAAUACUGUCAGCGAGGACGCACACCAUGUAGAACGCACUGCUCGCGAGCACCGCUUCUGCCACGUAUACCCGAAGAUGCUAUAACGGAGGAGAACGCAGACGAAGAGUCGCGGUUGGGUAACUGCGAACACUUUGACCACUGCGAGAACGGCGAGCAGAACGAGAACGAGAAGGAGUGGGAAUGGUCUGACAUACUCAGCUUCAUCGGGUACACGCUGCUAGUCUUGCUCAUCGUGCUCAAUCUGAACUUUCUUCUGAGCGCAUACCGUUCGAAUGCUGGGUUGAUGAAGUGGGACGGCUGGGGAGUGGAUGGUAGUUCUUCUGGUCGCGAGAUGCACUUCUGCCUCGCUGAACAGAAUCGCUUAGCACCGACUUCCCGCGUAUGGCGCUACGUACCCAGGGACUCGUACUCUGGCUGCACGACGAGAAUUUUGACGAUCCAUGCGGAUCCGACCGAGGAACACAAGCUAUUCACAGAAGACAUUAUCGCAGGAAAGGCUGCACUGUAG